AUGGCUCCGCCUGCAGGCACGUCGUCCAUGUUGCGGUCCCGGCGCCGUGACGCCACCCUCAAGCCGAACCGGACUCUGGACAGGAGCGCCUCCCGGGGAAUGCUGUACGAGAACGAGGAGCUCCGGUUGCGCACGAUCAACAUCAACGCCGAAGUAGAAAAAGGCCAAAAUUACAUAAAAAAGCUACGUCGGGAAAACGAACAACUUAAGAGGGAGAUAUGGAAUUUAAGAGAAGAAUAUGAACGGUUGGAAAAUUACGUAAAAAGCCGAGAACAAUCGGAAAACGAAGAGGAAUAUGAAGAAGAUGACGAAGACGAAAAUGACGACGAUAACGAUGACGUCGGAGUAGUAAUUUCGGGAGAACCGACGGAAGUGGUGACUGAUACGACGGCGGUGGUUGUGUUGGAGACUGUAGUCGAAGAGGACGACGAUGACGGUGACCAGCAACUUAACCUUGGACCCAUCGAGUUCGUAGCUGGUGACGGACAAAACGUCGAGCCACAGAUUUCAAACUCUCCGGGUGUCGAAAACCAGCACGAGAUUAAUAUUAUCAACAACGAUGGCCGUCGUGUCACCGUCAGCGGUGUGGCAGCGGCCGACCAGGAACGGGACGCCGUCACCCACACCGUUUGCACGAUGACCGCGACCGCGGCUGCAGUGACGGCCGACUCACCGACAACCGGCGGCGGGGUCGGGUGCGACAGCGACGACCCCGACCGCCACGACGAAGGUGAUCGCGCCCGACAACCGCAGCCGCAGAAAGAGCAGGACCCGGUGCAGCGCAGCGAACAACCCUCGUCGCAUCUGGACGCGGCGGUGCUGCAGCCGCAUACAGCUUGUUUUGACACCGGAAGUAACCGCCAACUGCACGAUCUGACGGUGGAUGAAGUGAUCGAUGCCAUACAGGACGUCGAGCUCAGGGACAAGUUGCGAACGGUGUGCUUGACGGACGACAGAUGUUACAUGACGUUCGCCAACGCCGAGUGCUUAGAACGGGCGCUUCACACGGCUUUCAGGGUCCGUGACUUGCCGGUGCUGUUGAUGGACACGGGCGCGGGGGCCGUAAUCCUGUCGCUGACGGGUGUGCCGGACACCGUGGCCGACAAGGAUGUACUGAAAUGUCUCAAGAAAUACGGCACGAUCAUCGGCGGAGUGGAGAGGAAGACUGCCAGGUGUGGGACGGCCGGCGGCGAGCGUUACGUGCGCGUCCGGCCGACACUUGGUGCGCCCAGGUACUUGUGGUUCGGGUCGGACAAAGUCAUCGUCAGGCAGCUGACCGAGCACGAGACGGGCACGAUGAACAGCAUCGCCCGGCGAAAGUCGUUCAGAUCUCAGAUCAAGUUGAACUUGAAAAUGGCCGACGCACCGACAUCGUCCGGCGACCACGGCGGAGGAGCGGACAGUGGCGGCGGCGGUGACGACGAGGCCUGCUGCGGAGGUGGCGACGGCGUCGUCGUCGGGUCCUGCACAGCAACCGCGAUGACCGCGGUAUCCGUUCAAAAUGGAUUCAAAUUCCCGACGUCGGAUCCAAAACCUGCAGCCAUUGCCGGUCAACCCGUGACAGCGGAACCCAAGACUGCGGUGCUGGUAGCCUCGACGACGAACUCCAAGUCGGCCGGUUCGCCGAAGAAAUCGAAACCAGUGCCGGCGAACGAUAGGGACAGUGCAGGUCCGCCGACGGCUGCGUCGGCCCCUUCCGAAUCGCCUCUAAGGGGCCGACGGAGGACGUCUCUGAUGGGUUUCAGGCGGGAAACCAUAAUCAAGCACCGUGGAGGGUCCGUGUCCCGGGCUGACGGUGGUGAGGACGCGGACAGCGACACGAGCACGAUUUGCCGCCGAAAGCUGAGCAUCACCGGUCGUGAGGGUACGGAAAAAGUGCCAUGGUGUGGGUGCUGGGGCAACGGAUGUCUAUAA